CCACUAGGUACUCGUUUAGGUUUGUAUCUGUAACCACUUUAAAUCCUCGUUACGGACUUGUCUAUGCCUUCAACCGAGCUUUAAGUCAAUUAUGUGGCUUUUGGAGAACGAAGACGAAGCUCUUGACGGUAAGCGGCUUUGGCUGCGACCCGGAAAGCGAUACCUCUUUGGCCGAACUGUUGCGGAACCUGGCCAACUUGCUAUUAAAGGAGAAGGCGCCGAGAGAGUGUCUCGCAAACACGUUACCAUCCAAGUUGAUGAGGUAGCCGAAGGAGAUGGGGAAAUUGUCUCAAGGCGUUCGCGUGUUACUGUCGAAGACCUGGGCUCCAAAGGCGGAACAUGGAUCAACAACGAAAAAGUCAAGGGUGAAAAGCGUAUUCUUUCUCAGGAUGUUAAUGUCCUUCAGAUGGGCUCGUUCACGUCCAAAUUUCGCAUCACCUGGUUUCCCGUCGUAUUGAGCUUCUCCUUCACCGCCAAAGAAAUACAAGCGAAUCCCUUAUCCAAGCUCCGAGAAGACCUUGAGCAACUUGAUAUCAAGUUUCUUGCCGACUACGACCCAGCCACCACGCAUGUAGUAUCAAAGAAAAGGAAUGUGCCAAAGACACUCCAAGCCCUUGUCAACGGUCGCUACCUCGUUACUUCGAAGUUUUAUGACACCAUCAUUACUGCUGCAACACCUGAAGAUGUCGGUGAUGGUGUGGUUACUAGUGCAUUGGAGGGAGACUUCGACGCAAACUGGCCAGAUGCCAUACAAUUCCUCCCACCGCCGGGCGAUGAAGUAAUGCCAAGACCUGUAGAAGCCUUCGCUCCCGAUCCCAACCGCGCUGAGAUUUUUCAUGGCUAUACAUUUAUAUUCUACAAUAAGAAGCAAUACGACAACCUGUUGGGGCCUAUAGCAAAUGGUGGAGGCAAAGCACUGUUACAUGAAGCUGUCGAGGAAAAGACAAAUAUCGACGACUUCAUCAGGUAUGCGAAGGAAAUCGCUGGAGAGAAAGGCUUAGGAGAAUUCGAAGACGGGAGUGAAGGUAAAGGUGUUGUCGUGGUUAGAUGGAUCCCUGAUCCUCCUAUGGAAUGGUUUAACAACUUUUACCGAUCCAUCUCUCAGAGACUAGACCAACGGCUCAUCGAACAGAAGGAGUUCCUUGAUGCCAUCCUCAACAACGACGCUAGUAGCUUACGGCGGCCUCUCCAGGCCGAUACAUCGACUCGUACGUCACGAGCCGAACAACCACCUCCGACGGCGCAAUAUGUCAUGGAAAUAGACGAGCAUGAACCUUCAGCUCAGCAGCAAAAGCCCCCACCACGAAGACGGGCGAGAGGUCCCGUUAAAAGUCGGUUCAAAGGUUUUGACGUAGAUCUGGACGAUGAUGACUUCCCAGACGCCGCCCCGGCUAUCAUAGCGCCUCCAACAGCAAACGUAGAGUCAUCGCAAGAAGGUCUUUUCGUGUCGCAAGACGCUGCACCAGAAGAACCGGAGGAACCCACCCCCGCUAACCGACAAUCGCAACGAAAGCGCCGUGCUCCAGUACCACCGGAGUCUCAGGAUACGAUAGACAGUUUUGCUCCUACAGCAGCGCAGGUUAAACGUCGUCGCAUUGCUGCCGGAGAGGACCCUUUACCUCGACAAACAACACCAGUAGCUCCUGUAAUGGAAUCGCAAAUCCCCAAGGCUAAAACCCCAAAGAUUAAGAAAGAGAUUGAUGUUCUUGAUCUGGCGCGACAGCACCGCGAGGAAGCCGAGGCUCGGGCCAAGGCAGAGAGAGAGGAACUUGCCAUGGUGCCGGAAGACCUUGAUUUGGCAGAAAUCCGCCGUUUACAUAUCGAGGAACCGAUAGAAGUGCGGCAAAUACCGGCCGUGCGCACACGGGAACAGGAUAUAGCCGAUGGUCGUUGGGAUCCUGCAUGGAACGGGCGGAAGAAUUUCAAGAAGUUCAAGCAGCGACGAGGUCCCUCGGGACGGGCACCACAGAAAAUUAUCGUAGCACUCGAAGAAGUCAAGACGAAGGGCUUCGGUAUUGGCGAUGAUUACUGGCUAGAAGAUGAGAGCCAACAGCGGAAGAGGAAGAAACAGAGUCAGACACAUAGUGAGAGUCAGAGUACAGGUGAAAAGGAAAACACAAAUAGGCGCUCGAAGGAACUAGAAAGGCAGAAGAAGCUACCCACCGCGAUUCUUCCCGCGGUUGACAGUAGUGACGAUGAGAUCCGUGAAGACCAUGAUAUGGAUGACGAGGAGGAUGUUGUCAAAGCUCCUGCAUCAAGGGCACGAACAACUAGAACAACUAGGGGGUCGCAAACAACAUCACAGAGCACAUCUGCAAAAACACAGCCUUCUCGAACAUCCAAACGUCCGGCACCCCCUGCCAAGGAGCACCCGGCGAAGAGGUCUCGGCUCGGAUUCAUCGCUGGAAGUGAUGAUGAGAGUGAUGACGGACUGCGCUUCAGGUUUGGGAAGAGAUAAUGGAUUUAUUAGCUCAAUAUAUGCCACCCCUAUCUUCUGCUGAUGUACCUGAUUUCUAUAUGGGUAUCACAUUUGUAUACCUAGCUGCUAGCCUUGCCACGAGCAAACUAUGAAAGUGAUGGAUCUACCUGAACUAUCCUAACCGAUUGUGAAGAUGAGCCUUUGCCUAUUUGCUCG